AUGCAAGGGUCCAAUGUUUGUUUCUUAUGUAAGCAACGUGGGCACAUCCAAAGGGACUAUCCCAAGAAGAAUGAGGUUGCACCAGGGAGGGUUUUCUCGACAAGGGAGGAGGCUGACCCUAAGACCACGAUCAUUACGGGUAAUCUUCUAAUAGCAAAUAUUUUAGCCAACACUUUGAUAGACACUGAAGCAACACAUUCCUUUAUUACUGCAUGUUUUGUUCAAAAAGCUGGUUUAAAACCUGAGGAAUCUUUGAUGGCAUAUAGCAUAUCACUUCCUUCAGGCUCUCACCUAAAUUCUAAUAAGAUUAUUAAGGCCUGCCCAGUUUAUAAUCAGAACCAUAAGAUGUUAGCAUAUCUUGUGGUAGUAGAUAUGGUAGGGUUUGAUGUGAUCCUAGGUAUGGACUGGCUAUUCCGAUAUGAGGCGCAAAUUAAUUGUAAUAAGAAGACGGUGGUUCUAACAGAUCAGUAUGGGAAGACCUUUCUGUUUCGUGCGAUUCCUACAUUUAAAAGGCAUCAACUGUUUUUGGAAAGAGCCACCAGGGGAUGUCUUAUAAUUUUGCUAUGA